AUGUCAUUCCAUCAGCACCGUCAAUACUUUCAGUACCAUGAAAAUGGCACUCCUCUGAAGGAGUCUGCUACCCAUUCUUUCUUAACUACCAAUUACUUAAGUUCGUCGUCUUCUUCUUCGUGGCAAUCAUCAUCACUGUCCACCAAUUGUGGUACGUUGUCCGCAGAACCUCUCGAUUUGCGAAUCAAUGACAAAUGCAGGCAUAGAGAUGGGUCAGGAGUUAAUUCUUCAGCUAUCCUCCUCCUUAACCUAUUUAAAGCGAAUGCACUCUUCGGCGGCUUAAUAAAGCGAUUUAAGGAGGAAGCCAUCAAUCGUGAUGUGUCGUCCGAGGAGUCGUCCGAUGAGUCUGAAAGUAUUCCAUCCGUAAUCAGCUUCGAGAAGAAAAGAGGAAAAGAGGGUGGCGGCAAAGCGGCUCAAAUCCACUAUCGUCCGGAAAAACUUGGAUCACGCGAAAUGGUUCAAGAAAUGUUGCGAAACAAGGAUCCUGAAUUGAGAUACAUCAACGAUGGAGAGGCUAUUAUGAAUCCCUUCGCAGUCGAUCGGAAGACACAAUUAGCAGACCUCAUGAAGAUGUUCUGUAGGGAGAAGGCCAGUGGUGGUUACAAGUGUGAAGCGUGUGGCCGUGAGAGACAGCUGAUUCGGGAAAUGCAACAACAUCUUCUUUGCCACAGUAACAGCAAGUUUUACCUGUGUGUGCGAUGUUUGAAGGGAUUCAACGACACCUUUGACAUGAAGCGCCACACCCGCAAACAUACGAAGGGUCAUCUUAAGCGGGUGCAUGCGAUGCAGUUACACUUCGCUCGUCACCAGCGUCGUGAGGUGCUGCGUGUGUGCGAGUGUUGUGGAUUUACAUGUGAUCACUACGCACAACUACUUGCUCACACAGAAUAUCACCAUCCCUCAAACCAGGAUGCCAUCAAUCGACUGCGUAAACGUAUAAUCGCUGCCAAAAGGAAUGGUGUCUGA